AAAUAGACGUGCAAACAAUAAAAUGGUCGUACCAAAAGCACAAUCCAGAGAAGUUUGAGCGGAAGCAAAAGCGUCGCUUCUCUCUCUCUCUCUCUCGCUCGCUCCCUCUCAUGGCGGUCAUCAAUACCAUAGCCUCUCAGAGGUUCCUCUCCCUCUCCAACUCAACUUCCACGCUCUUCAGGUCCAAGUCUUCCUUUAACCUACCGUCUUCCUCCUCCUCCUGUAUCAGAAUUUCCGCCGUCUGUCCUACCGGAGCUCGUAGGUUUCGGCCGCCGCCAGCUUCCGUGUCGAUUAAUGACGGACUCGACGUCAUCCCCGUCCAGAGCGUCGACUUGAUGGAUCAGCUUGAUGCGAUCGCACCUCUAAUAAACAGGGAAGGAGAGAAUGACGAAAGCUGCCUCGAUCAGCCAGGACCAAGUGCGAACCAGAUCGUGGGAUUUGCUUUCGAAAGCCGGGGUGAUGGAGGUGUGGAAGGAGGAUUGGCCUUCUCCUCGUCUUCCUCUUCUUCUGGUUCUCCGAUAGAAAGGGGGGAUCAGUAUAAGAUUGUUGAUCGGAUCAUCAACGCAUCCAUUGUGCUUGCAGCUGGCUCAUUUGCCGUCACGAAGAUGCUCACCGUCGAUAGUGAUUACUGGCAUGGUUGGACUUUAUAUGAGAUUGUAAGAUAUGCACCCUUGCAUAACUGGACCGCAUAUGAGGAUGCUUUAAAAACAAACCCUGUCUUGGCUAAAAUGAUGAUUAGUGGAGCUGUCUACUCUAUAGGAGACUGGAUUGCUCAGUGUUAUUCAGGGAAACCUCUUUUUGACUUUGAUCGUGCUCGCAUGCUACGCUCAGGACUCACAGGAUUUGCUCUUCAUGGUUCUCUUUCUCAUUACUACUAUGAAAUCUGUGAGUACCUAUUUCCCUUCCACGAUUGGUGGGUGGUCCCAGUUAAAGUAGCAUUUGAUCAAACUGUCUGGUCUGCAAUUUGGAACAGCAUUUAUUAUGUGGUCGUUGGUUUCUUGCGAUUAGAGUCUCCAGCAAACAUUUUCAGCGAACUGAAAGCUACCUUUUGGCCUAUGUUAACUGCUGGGUGGAAACUUUGGCCUUUUGCCCAUUUGAUUACUUACGGGGUAAUUCCAGUUGAGCAGAGACUUCUUUGGGUUGACUGUGUUGAGCUCGUUUGGGUUAUGAUACUAUCAACUUACUCAAAUGAGAAGUCUGAAGCAAGACUGUCAGAGGCUAUAUCUGAGCUGAGUGCAGAGUCUCAAUCUGUUGUAGCUCCAGAGGAGAUGAAUAAAUAAUUUCUGCCAGUAGUUGAUGAUGAAUUUGUUUGGAUUGGAUGGCUGCAAGUGGUAGCAGGAAGAGCUUUGUGGAUUCGUUGGUAAGUGCAGUAUGUAUUUGUGAGUAGCUUUCUAAAUGUUCUUUUGAUGUAUAAAGAUACUAGAUGAAAUUGCAGAUAAUUGAGGUCUGUAAUAUAGCAAUCAAAACUGUUUAUAACUUCAUCAUAUUCAACUAUUUAAUGAAAAUAUCUGGCACA